AUGGGUUCCGAUAAAGUGCCGUUGUUAUUGGUGACUGCUAACGUCGGAUCAGUGUUUGAGGACCCAUCAGUAAUGCUUCCAAUAUGGACAUCGGAGUUUCUUCAAGCUGUUUCGAGGAUGGAUCCAAAGUUCAUAGCUCUUCAUCUUCAAGAAGUCGGCGGGAAAACUUACGAGAAAUCAAUGCAAUAUGUCAAAGAUUUCGUUCAGAGGCUAUGUGACUGCCCCGAGUUGAGACUAUUCGAUAAGAUCAGGAUGUAUCUCGAUGAAGACUUCAGUUCAUCUGAGAAAUUCACGGCCCUAGGCAAUAUGUACUUCGCUCAUUCCACACUAACCGAUCUCAAGAUUUGGGAUUUCGACUUGAAGACGUACGUGGAUGUUGUCGGAAAAGAGGUAUACAACGGUAACAUAGAAAAAGUGCCCACCAAAGAAAAGGCGAAGUUUCCACAGCAGUUUUUCCCUGAGUGUAAGUGGUCUCGCAAGGGUUUCCUUAGAACUCGUUGGUCCAUAAGAGGAACAGCCGUAGAAUUCAUCAACAUUCACUUAUUCCACGACGCAUCAAACUUACUGGCCAUGGAACCGUUUCCAUCUGUGUAUUGUCGUAGUCGUCGCCGCGCCCUCCGCCACACUCUCCGUCAUCUUCACUCCGACGUGAACGCGGCUCCGUACUUCAUUUUCGGUGACUUCAACUUCAGAACUGACACCGGCGGAGUCGUGAAGAAAGUAACAGAAGAUUUGCACGCCUGCCGUCUUCAAAACUCCAAUAACGUAGAAUCUUCCAAGCUUCAGUAUCUUAAAGAAGAUCGUGUGGUGCUUACCGUCGGCAAGAAAGAGUUCGCUCAUGUAGACCAUCAGAAAGUGUUCAGGGAACCUUGGUUACAAAAAUACGAUCGCGAGUUGGAAGCACUACGUCCUCAUUUAUUCGAGUUUCCUGUAAAAUUCCCGCCAAGCUAUCCCUUCGAAGAAGAUAUACAUUUACCAACACAUUAUAUGAAAACUAGAUGUCCAUCGUGGUGUGACCGUGUACUGCUGUCUCCGUCAGCAAGAAUUCUGGUGCAGCAUGAUAGAGACAAACACCUGCAUACCUCCAGAAAGUCGGUGGCAGAUGCUGAUAGUGGAAGAGUGUCUUCAUCUGAUAGCAGCCCGGGGCGUUCUGGCUCACAGUCUCCAAAGAUUCUAGAGAAGAAGCCUAGUUCAUCGGAAUUAGAUGGACUGGUUGUACCUCAUAUGACUGGAGCAAGAAGGAGUAUUGCAGACCCUACUGGCAUACAACAGGCUAUCAGCGCCAGGGUUUCCGACUCCGAAGCGUCGCCACGCCGUCGUAAAUUGGUCAGGAAUCAAUCUGAAGGCUCGCCCAAAAGUGGUGAAACUUCAGCUGAAUUAAGAAGAUUAGUUGACGCGCCUACAAGAAGACGGAGCGAAUACGGAGUUAUAGGAGACACUACAUGCAUGGGUGACCAUAAGCCGAUAUAUCUGCGCGUGUUGCUGCAGUGUGAUCGAGGUAUCGUACAGUGUUGUGACAGCCUGCCUUGUGCAUUAUGCGUGUGCGCACUCAAUUACACCAAAAAACCCCCAAAACUACCCCGCCUACCUACAGACCCCGAUCUAUAUUCUAAUAAAUCUAUUAAGAGUUACGAUCAUUCCAACAGCCAUCCGGAUUCGCUGUCCGACGAACAAAGACUAAAACGAACUAGAACCGGCUCGCUAAAUGAUAAAAUAUUUCGUAUACCCAACGUAAAAAUAACUAGCGCCGAUUCUAUAUAUAAUGGGAUCUUUGUUAACGAUAUCGAUAAUUCAUUAUUGAGUCCAAGCCGAUGUAUAGAUCCUUAUACGCCUGAGAGCGUUGACUCUCACACUCCUACCGCUGAUGCGUCCAAUGGUUCAGACGAUCAUGACGUCAUAGAUGCAAUAGAAAAACAAAAAUACAAUCACGACAGGAGCGUCUCGCCUACACAAUUAAAAUCCCGCUUAAACAGACUCCUGAGUGAUAAACAAAAUGAUAAUACACCGGAAAUACAAAGACGGAAUAGCAAUGAGUCUUGUAAGUCGGACGGCGGUAAAGGAUUGUGCUGCUUAGCGCUAAAAUGCUACGGGUUCUGUAGGCGUAAGGCGCGCAAAGUCAACUGUAGUGGCUUGAAAUGUUGCACCUCAUGA